AUGCCCUCGCCAUUUCUGACCCCCGGUACUGUGGCGCAAGCCGACAAUGUCGCCCUUUUGCACCUGCGUCGCGACCAGACUAUCCCGACCAUUUUGCGAGCUACGGACGAUCAAAACCUUGGUUACAAGGAAGGCAAAGUGUCAAAUACUCGCUUUGGGUCCUUUCCGCACAGCACAUUGAUCAACCAGCCAUGGGGCUCUCAAAUUGUCGCUUCGAAAGUCGACACUGGCUCUCGUGGGCGAAGAGGUCCAGGAAACAAGCGCAAGGCCGAGGAAAUAGAUGUUUCGGGUACCACAACACCUGCCGAGGACGAAGGUUCCGCUUUGAAGAAGCCUGAAGCUGCUGCGAGCGGCUUUCUGCACCUCAUGUACCCGACGCCGGAGUCAUGGACUUUGUCGCUUCCGCAUCGAACCCAAGUCGUAUACACUCCCGAUUACAGCUACGUCCUCCACCGGCUUCGCGCGCGUCCCGGUGGUACAGUGAUUGAAGCAGGCGCAGGCAGUGGAUCUUUCACACAUGCAGCAGUUCGCGCGGUAUUCAACGGUUACCCUGAUGAGGAUGCCCCGACCAAGAAGCGGAAGUUUGGGAAGGUGUGCAGCUUUGAGUUUCACGAGCAGAGAGCGACCCGCGUGAAGGAGGAAAUAACCGAACAUGGUCUAGAUGGUCUUGUUGAGGUGACGCACCGUGAUGUUUACGAGGGCGGUUUCUUGUUAGGCGACCCUGAGACUGGCCGGUCACCAAAGGCGAACGCCAUCUUCUUGGAUUUGCCGGCACCUUGGCUCGCCUUGAAGCAUCUUGUCCGCAAGCCGGCAUCAGGCGUCGAAUCCCCACUCGAUCCAAACUCCACUGUCUAUCUAUGCACAUUUUCACCUUGCUUGGAACAAGUUGAACGCACUAUUCGCGUGAUGCGUCAGCUGGGCUGGCUCAACAUCUCUAUGGUCGAGGUCAAUCAUAGACGGAUCGACGUCAAGCGAGAACGCAUUGGGUUGGACUGUGAGGGGAUACGUGGAGCGACUGUCUUCCCGAGGUCAGUUGAUGAGGCCAUGCAGAAGCUGCGAACAGAUGAUGAGCGUGCAAAGAGGCUCCGUCUUGCUCAUACCGAGGGAACAAGAGUGGACCAUCCACCCAAGGAAGACCAGACCGCGUCGAGGGACCAGCAGCAGGCCACAUAUGACAUGGGCCGUCUGGUGCAUCGCACCGAGUCGGAGAUCAAGACUCAUACCUCCUAUCUUGUAUUUGCUAUCCUUCCACGAGACUGGUCAGAAGAGGAUGAUCUCAAGUGCCGACAGAAGUGGCCAUCCAACAAGAUCGAUGCCGAACCGAAGCCAGCGCCAAAGAGCAGAAAACAACAAAAGAAAGAGUUUAAAGAAUUGCGUCUCCGGGAACAAAAGGAGGAUAAUGAAGCAGAGCAACAAGAAGAGCAAGAGCAGGAAGCCACUGAAGAGAGCAUUGCCGCUUGA